AUGACAGGUACGACAGGGGCCUUGUCGCCCGAAGGUUUAGGUUCAGCCUCAACAGCCAACAGCAUCAAAGACGACAUUACAGAACCAGCAAAUCCCACGCCGAACAUCGAUAAAGAGAUCAACAAUCUUGCACGACAGCUAUCGCGAGUAUCGACAACAGCAGGUGCUGAAUUAAACGCUUUCUCCCCGCAAGCCGGUACAAAACUCGACCCCAACUCCACCAAUUUCGAUCCGCGUGCAUGGGUAAAGGCAUUCGUCAAACUCGUUGAAUCGGAAGAUGGCUCAGCACCAUCGCGAAGUUUGGGUGUCGCCUUCAAGGCCCUCAAUGUCUACGGCUGGGGCACGGGAGCCGAACACCAAAAGACAGUUGUGGAUUAUCCUCUGGAUGCCGUGUCGUACGUGUUGGGUCUUCUCGGACGGGGAAAGAAGAAAAGGGUCGACAUCCUACGCAACUUUGAGGGUGUUAUUGAACAAGGAGAGCUUCUUCUUGUGCUUGGUCCCCCUGGAUCAGGAUGCUCAACACUUCUCAAGACUAUCGCGGGCGAGACAGCCGGUCUCGGAGUUGGAUCUGACUCUUACAUGAACUUUAGAGGUAUCGACGAGAACCACAUGCGUUCAUCCUUUAGAGGAGAUGUACUAUACAAUGCUGAAAUCGACUGUCAUCUCGCCCAUCUCACCGUCGGCGAGACCCUCUCAUUUGCCUCGAGCGCCCAUUCCCUUCGCCAUGUCCCCGGAGGUGUCACCCGCUCCCAAGCAGAUACAAUGAUGCGCGACGUUAUGAUGUCUAUCUUUGGCAUUUCCCAUACCGUCGACACUCGCGUUGGCGACGAUUUUGUCCGGGGCGUUAGUGGCGGCGAGCGCAAGCGUGUUAGCAUUGCCGAGGCGGCCCUAACCGGCGCAAAGCUUCAAUGCUGGGACAACACAACUAGAGGUCUUGACAGUGGAAAUGCCAUUAACUUUUGCCGAAACUUGCGUCUUCAGGCUGAUCUUGUCGGGGUUGCGGCCGCGGUGGCUAUUUACCAGGCGCCGCAGUCAGCUUACGAGUUAUUUGAUCGUGUGACGGUCUUGUACGAGGGUCAUCAAAUUUUCUUUGGUCGGAUUCAUGAAGCUAAGGCCUACUUCGAGAGCCUGGGUUUCGAGUGCCCCGACCGUCAAACAACACCCGACUUCCUCACAUCAAUGACAAGCCCGCAAGAACGUCGCGUGAAACUAGGAUUUGAACGCACCGCCCCUCGAACACCCGCCGAGUUUGCCGAGCGAUGGCAAGCCAGCUCUCACCGCAAGCAACUCGUUCGCGAAUUGGAGACCUAUGAACAAACCCACCCUCGUGAGGAACGUCUUGCGGAGUACAAGGAGUCACGUCGGGCGGAGCAAUUUAAGAAUCAGCGCAGCAAGUCCCCGUACACGAUAUCGUAUCUCGCGCAGGUAAAGCUUACACUCUGGCGAGGAUGGCGUCGAUUGCUUGCGGACCCCGGAUUCACCAUCGCGUCUCUAGUCUUCAAUUUAGUUAUGGCACUGGUAUUGGGUAGUAUGUUCUUUAAUCUUCCCGAUGACUCGUCAAGCUUUUACUAUAGAGGUGGUUUGAUCUUCUUCGCUUUGCUGUUUAAUGCCUUUGCCAGUCAACUUGAGGUUCUUGCUGUCUAUGCCGAGCGACCUGUUGUCGAGAAGCACAACCGCUACGCAUUCUACCAUCAAUCUGCCCAAGCUAUUGCAAGCUACAUCAUCGACCUGCCCUACAAGACUAUCAACAUGAUAGUCUUCAACCUGCUCAUCUACUUCAUGUCUAACCUUCGUCGCGAUGCUGGCAGCUUCUUCUUCUUCUGCCUCACUUCCUACCUCACCACUCUCGUCAUGUCGUGUAUUUACCGCACUCUGGCAUGCGUGACCCGUACGACCCAUCAAGCCAUGAUCCCUGUCUCAAUUCUGAGUUUAGGGCUGAUGAUUUAUACUGGCUUUACUAUGCCUACGGAUUACAUGCUCGGGUGGUCUCGAUGGAUGAACUACAUCAAUCCGCUUGCUUAUGCGUUCGAAGCCUUGAUGGCAAACGAGUUUCAUAACAGGCAGUAUGGUUGCGCGACUAUGGUUCCCCAGGGCCCCGGCUAUGACAAUCUUCCUGCCAAUUCGACUAUUUGCUCAGUUGUUGGUGCGAUACCUGGAUCGUCUAUGGUUGAUGGCGAUAGGUAUAUCAACUUGUCAUACAAAUACUACAACUCACACAAAUGGCGGAAUAUUGGUAUUCUUCUCGGCUUUUUGGGUGCAUUCUUGGUCUUUUACAUAUUCGCUGCCGAACACGCAAAGCCUCCCAGAAGCAAGGGCGAGAUUCUUGUUUUCCGCAAGGGUCGCAUGCCUCCCAGCUUCGACAAGAAAGACAGUACCGAUAUUGAAGCGCAAGCUACUGACCGACCUGUUGUUGCUGAAAAAGGGACUACCAACGCUAACAGUGGUCUCGCUGCUGGUGCAAGUAAAGACCGACGUCUACUCGAUCAUGUUGACGGUUGGGUCAAGCCUGGUCUUUCCACAGCUCUUAUGGGGGUCUCUGGUGCUGGCAAAACAACCCUUCUCGAUGUCCUCGCCACACGCGUCACAAUGGGUAUAGUCAGCGGCAACACCCACAUUGAUGGGAAGUCCACCGACGCAUCAUUCCAGCACCGCGUCGGCUACGUCCAACAGCAAGACCUCCAUCUCAACACCAUGACUGUCCGCGAAGCCCUUGAGUUUAGCGCCCUCCUACGCCAAUCCGCCGAGAUAUCCCGACAGGACAAGCUCGACUACGUGGAGCAAGUAAUCGAUAUGCUAGACAUGCAGGAAUUCUCGGAUGCCGUUAUUGGUGUUCCUGGCGAGGGUCUCAACGUCGAGCAGAGGAAGAGGUUGACGAUUGGUGUAGAGCUUGCUGCUAGGCCGCAGUUGCUUGUCUUUUUGGAUGAGCCUACUUCCGGUCUUGAUUCACAGACUUCUUGGGCGAUUUGCGACCUUAUCGAGAAACUCACAUCAAGUGGCCAGGCUGUGUUGUGCACCAUUCACCAGCCUUCCGCCAUACUCUUCCAGCGUUUUGACCGUCUACUCUUGUUAGCUCCUGGUGGAAAGACAGUUUACUUCGGCGACCUCGGACAUCAAUCGCAGACUCUCCUCAAUUACUUCGAACGUAACGGCGCUCCUCCAUGCCCUGCAGAUGCAAACCCCGCCGAGUACAUGCUCAACAUCAUCCAGCCUUCCAACGACGAAGAAGUCGACAACAUCGACUGGCAUCAUGUUUGGAGAAGUUCUCCAGAGUUCCAAAGUGUCAAGCAGGAGCUUCAACGGCUGAACGCUCUGCCAUCUACGCAGCCAACGGGUAGUAGCGCAUUCGACAACACAGAUGCAUCACAGCAUCAGGAGUUUGUUGCUUCGUUCUGGACGCAGUUCCGCGAGGUGCUGAUUCGUACUUGGAAGAACUUCUGGCGGUCGCCUACGUACAUCUGGUCCAAGACUGUCUUGAUCAUCUUAUCGUCUCUUUACAUCGGAUUUACAUUCGAAGCGAAGAAUACGAUUCAAGGGUUACAGAACCAGCUUUAUGCUAUUUUUAUGUACAUGGUUCUUUUCCAAAGUAUCACCAAUCAGAUCAUGCCCAUAUUUGUUCCGCAGCGAGCCUUGUACGAGGUCCGCGAGAGACCAUCCAAGAUUUAUCGCUGGAAUACUUAUAUCCUUUCCAAUAUCCUCGUCGAAGCGGCAUGGAACACCUUGAUGGCUGUCAUCAUCUACUUUUGCUGGUACUAUCCCGUCGGCUUCGUCCAGAACACGACUUCGGAUGAUCAACACAUCCGAGGCUUCCUCGUUUUCCUCUUCCUAAUGAUGUUUAUGCUCUUCACGAGCACAUUCUCACACUUUGGUAUCGUAUGUAUUGGUUCAGCUGAAGAAGCUGGUGUUCUUGCCACUUUACUUUGGAUGCUUUGCAUUGCCUUUUGCGGUGUCGGCGUCAUAUACAAUGACAUCCCCACCUUUUGGACCUUUAUGUACCAUGUUUCGCCAGCAACAUACAUUGUUGGAGGCAUCAUGUCGGUCGCAGUCUACGGCUCAGAUGUAGUAUGUGCAGAUAAUGAGAUCCUUCAGAUGCAGGUUCCUGGUGGCAUGAACCUCACAUGCGGCGACUUUAUGGGUCCGUUUGUUGAGGCCGCGGGUGGCUAUCUUGUUGACCGCUCCUCCACUGAUGCUUGCCAAUAUUGUUCGCUUGCUUCAACGGAGCAGUUCCUGGCCAGGUUCAACAUUGACUACGAUGAUCGAUGGUGGCACUUUGGGUUGCUGUGGGUGUAUGUUUUGGCGAAUGUCCUCGGUGCCCUUGGAUUGUAUUGGUUGUUCAGGGUACCAAGGGGCAGUGGUGUUAAGAGAGCUUGA